AUGUUUCGUGGGAAAAAGGAUGCAGAGGAGCAUUCAACACCUCCCCCUGCCUUUGGCUCGGAAAAGGUCGAAGAGGAAUACAUGUACCCUACAGAAGCUGCCGAGUCGUUCACAUCAAAAGAAAAUACUGAUCUUCAGGAAGGCACCAAGCGUGGCUUGGAUGCCCGUCAUGUACAGAUGAUUGCUCUGGGCGGCACCAUUGGCACGGGUUUGUUCUUGAACUCGGGUGGAAACAUUGCUACGGCUGGUCCUGCGGGUGCUUUCAUUGCAUAUUGUGUUGUUGGGUUUAUGGUAUAUUGUAUCAUGACAUGUCUCGGUGAAAUGGCCACCUUUAUGCCAGUAUCUGGCUCGUUUAAUCACUACGCCACUCGUUUUAUCGAUCCUGCUCUCGGUUUUGCCCUAGGUUGGAACUAUUGGUUUUCGUCUGUCACGAUUGCAACAGAACUUGCCGCCGCUGCUACCAUUAUUCGUUGGUGGAGCCCAGUUAUGCCAGAUCCAGCAUGGUCGACCAUUUUCAUGGUUCUCAUCCUUUCCGUUAACCUUGUGGGCGUAAGACUUUAUGGUGAAAUGGAGUACUGGUUUGCACUUAUCAAGAUCUUAGUCGUCAUUAUGUUCAUCAUCGUCGGUAUUCUGGUGACCACUGGUGCUGUUGGUGCUGGUACCAUUGGUUUUGACUACUGGAACGUUCCUGGUGCUUUUGUCGACGGCGCCGAGGGUACUGUUAGCGUUUUGCUCUCUGCCGGUUUCUCCUUCCAGGGCACCGAAGUCGUUGGUGUCACUGCCGGUGAAGCCAAGAACCCUACCAAGACCUUGCCGCGUGCUAUCCGUAACACAUUCUAUCGUAUCGUGUUUUUCUACAUUGUCACCAUCUUUUUGAUCGGUCUUUGCGUUCCUGCUGACAACCCGAAUUUGUCUGCCGGUGAUGAAAGUGCAACUACUGCUUCGUUCACCCUGAUCUUUGAGUUGGCCGGUAUCAAUGGCGGUGCCCACUUUGUCAACGCCGUCAUUCUGUUGAGUGUCCUGUCCGCUGCCAACUCGUCUUUGUACACCACUUCUCGUACUUUGCUUGGCUUGGCUCGCGAUGGCAAUGCUCCUGCCUUUUUGGGUCGCGUUAACCGAUUUGGCUCGCCCUAUUUGGCCGUCGUCACGUCGUCUCUUAUUGGUUUUGCAUGUGUCUUCGUCUCGAUUUAUAGCGCCUCGGCUGCAUUUGUUUGGUUCUUGAGCAUUACUGCUGUCAGCGGUUUCAUCAGCUGGUGGGGUAUUGCUUUCGUCCAUCUUCGCUUCCGCCGCGCUUACCUUCGUCAGGGCCGAAGCCUCGAUGACUUGCCUUACCGUGCAUUUGCUUAUCCUUACUCGGGCAUCUUUGCAAGCACCCUGUGCAUUUUGAUUAUUCUUGGCCAAGGUUACGGUGCAUUCGCUCCCGAGUUUGAUCGCAUUAAGUUUGUCACCAACUAUAUCGGUGUUGUCCCAGCUAUUGUCUGCUACGUCGUGUACAAGCUUGUUCGUCGUACAAAGAUCGUACCGUUGCUUGAAGUUGAUUUCGAAACGGGUCGCGUCACUGCUGAAGAUCGUGAACAGGAUGAGGCUGAGAUUGGUAAAAUGCCGUGGUACAAACAGAUUCUUGCAUGGAUCUUCUAA